AUGGGUACCGAAACAACGUCAAUGGAUCACAUCACGGAACCCUUGAUUCAAGAACCCCAAAUUCACAACGAAAAGAGUGAAUUUUUAUCCGAACCAGUUCCUGAAUGGAAGGAACAGAUCACGGUUAGAGGGUUGGUUGUGAGUGCGGUUUUGGGGUGUUUGUUUUGUAUCAUAACUCAUAAACUCAAUCUCACUGUUGGGAUUAUUCCGUCCCUUAAUGUUGCUGCGGGUUUGCUUGGGUUCUUCUUUGUCAAGACGUGGACUGGUUUGUUGACGAAGAUUGGGGUUUUUACUAAGCCGUUUACUCGGCAGGAGAAUACGGUUAUUCAGACUUGUGUUGUUGCUUGCUAUGGCCUCGCUUUUAGCGGGGGGUUUGGUUCAUCCUUGAUUGCUAUGGAUCAAAAAACAUAUGAACUCAUUGGCCCGGAUUAUCCUGGUAAUAGAGCUGAAGAUGUUAAAAAUCCCGGCUUGGGAUGGAUGAUCGGCUUCAUGUUUGUUGUCAGUUUCCUUGGUCUUUUUAGUCUUGUGCCACUUCGUAAGGUUAUGGUCUUGGAUUAUAAGCUUACAUAUCCCAGUGGAACAGCCACAGCGAUGCUAAUUAACAGUUUCCAUACAAAAACUGGAGCAGAACUUGCAGGGAACCAAGUUCGGCAACUUGGAAAAUAUUUAAGCAUAAGUUUCUUUUGGAGCUGCUUUAAGUGGUUCUUCAGUGGAAUUGGAGAUUCAUGUGGAUUUGACAAUUUUCCUAGCUUUGGGUUGACACUAUUUAAGAACACAUUCUACUUUGACUUCAGUCCAACUUAUGUUGGAUGUGGUCUUAUCUGCCCUCAUAUAGUGAAUUGCUCUGUUUUCCUUGGAGCCAUUAUUUCGUGGGGCUUUCUGUGGCCUUUCGUCUCCAAGCAUGCCGGGGACUGGUAUCCAGCUAACCUUGGUAACAAUGAUUUCAAAGGUCUUUAUGGAUACAAGGUAUUUAUAUCUAUUGCCAUUAUUUUAGGAGACGGUAUUUACAAUCUAGUUAAAAUUAUAGUGAUAACCAUUAGGGAGAUGUGGAGGACAAGAUCCAAACAGAACAGUCUUCCUGUUGUGACUGAGGUUCCUGAUGGUGAUAGUUCUGAACUGCAUUUAGAAGAAAAGAAAAGGAAUGAAAUAUUUAUGAAGGAUGGGAUACCAACCUGGUUUGCAGCAUCUGGAUACGUAGGCUUGGCAGCGAUAUCCAUUGUAACAAUACCAUUUAUUUUCCCUCCUCUCAAAUGGUACUUGGUUCUAUGUUCUUACAUCCUUGCCCCUGCCCUUGCCUUUUGCAACUCUUACGGCACAGGGCUCACAGAUUGGAGUCUUGCAUCCACAUAUGGCAAGAUCGGUCUUUUCAUCGUCGCGGCAGCAGUUGGCACAAAUGGAGGGGUAAUUGCAGGUGUAGCAUCGUGUGCUGUGAUGAUGUCCAUUGUUUCAACCGCAGCCGAUCUCAUGCAAGAUUUCAAGACAGGCUACCUCACUCUCUCGUCGGCAAAAUCCAUGUUUGUGAGCCAGUUGAUAGGAACAGCUAUGGGAUGUAUAAUUGCUCCCCUCACAUUCUGGAUGUUCUGGACUGCAUUCGAUAUAGGAUCACCCGAUGGCCCAUACAAAGCACCAUACGCCGUUAUAUUCAGGGAAAUGGCCAUUCUUGGUGUCGAGGGAUUCUCCGAGCUUCCAAAGUAUUGCAUGGAAAUGUGCGGCGGUUUCUUCGCAGCGGCACUGGCUAUCAAUUUUUUAAGGGACGUGACUCCGAAGAAAUACUCACAGUACAUUCCAAUUCCAAUGGCAAUGGCAGUUCCUUUCUACAUUGGUGCUUACUUUGCAGUUGAUAUGUUUAUUGGAACUGUAAUAUUGUUUGUGUGGGAACAAGUGAAUAGAAAAGAUUCAGAAGAUUAUUCUGGAGCUGUUGCUUCUGGUUUGAUAUGUGGUGAUGGGAUAUGGACUAUUCCUUCAGCAAUUCUCUCUAUUUUGAGGAUUAAUCCGCCAAUUUGCAUGUACUUCGGGCCUUCCUCGAGCAGCUGA